UUCUUUAUCUCAGCGAUUACGAGGGCCCGUCGUGAAUAGACCAGAAUGGUUUCUUCUUUAUCACUUUCGAAAAUCGAAGAACACAAAGUUAGAUUGAUGCCUUAUACAUGAGGCUUGAUGACUGACGGAGAUCUCGGCGUGAUGUAGAUGUCUGCCGCCGCCCACGUUGCCCGACCAGGGAACCUUCCAGUCUGCCAGGCAUCGACUUGGACAUGAUUUAUGUACCUACCGAGCCUAUUUAGGGACACAUAAAAAUCAAUACAUGGGAUAUCUCAAGUUAUCUCACCUCGCCAAACGAACAGAACCACUUAUCUCAUGCUUCGGCAUUCGUUUCGCCCAACAUGGCUUCGUUGAAUCUGGUGGCGCUCCCACAAGACAUAAUGUUCAUGCUGCCCAAGUACCUACACAACAUCGAGGAUUUGAUGAACACGGCCUCAACAUGCAGGAGACUCAGAGAGUGUAUGGCCUCGGCCAUCCCCAACGUUAUCCUACAACUAGCCGUCGCCCAGAGCAGAGUCUUCUUCCGCCCAUCCCCGCUCUUUUUAGUCACCGCGACAGCACGACAGUUAGGCAACUGGGCAAGACGAUCCAGAGCGAAUGAAGACAAACUUGCCCUGAAGCUUGAGGAGGGCGUCGAUGGCCUACUAGACCUAGCCCUCGAUCAUUGCGGUCUGACCAUGGAGCGGAUUAGAGAACUGCGCCUACUGCGGUUCUCCCUCAUCAACCCUGUAGAAGAUAUCAUUGACAAGUGUGUUGGCCACCAGCGGCUAGAUAACCCCGACUUUUGGCACGACGGACUUGAUGACGAGUACACUAUCGACACCGAACCCAGUGACACGCUGUUCCACUUGGCCAUGUACGGAGAACUGUUCGCGCCCGACUUCGAGCCCAUCCUCAACCAGGACUCCCAAACACGCAGAUUAAGCGUCGAAACUCGACUAGAGUUUAUCAAAUACUGUCUACCGGACUUUGCCUGUCAUCUCAACGGUCAUAUCGGCUCAUCCUUAUUGCUGAACCCUGGCGAAACCCUAGACCCCAGACGUGAAGUCAAGCAGACUGGUCCGUACGCGAAAGGUCCCGAUGGCAGAAUCCCCGACAUGAACAAUAACAACUUGGCAUUGACCUGGGUCAUACGAAGCAGCCAUUUCAGGCGGUACUAUAAGGCCCUGCGAGCCAAGGCCGGCGAAUAUGAAUUCCAAGAACGCUUCGACGACGGAUGGUGGUUUAACGAGAGUUCUCACUCAAGAUUACCUGGUGACUAUUGGCGACAGCGGUUGUGGGAGAAUGUUAUGAUUUCCCAGGGCUUGGAAGGAUUGGAAAUGCUGAGACCUGAUACUGAGGACAAGUGGAUUGGGAAGAUCAAAGAGUGGAGGGAGAAGAUCAUGAACAUGGAUAACGAACCGCCGCUGACGAAAGUUGGACGGCAGGCUACGCUUGAGUACCCUUACUUGCUUGGGGACUUGAGAAUCUGUGCGAGUGGCUAUGUGACAGGGACGUAGGGUCAUAUUGGUUUUCUACGAUGCGCAGAACUGUCACGAUGCGAAGCAUGUAUUCUCACUUGUCGUAACGACAACCUUGACGUUCGACAUCUAGCGGUAUUCAUGGAGAUUCUACCUGAGCUGGGUCUAGAUAGGAAUGCACGUUUUCGCAGCAAAUUCAUCGCGUUACGCUC